AUGGCCGUGCCCCCAGACCAGCGCGAGGAGUUGGUGUCCAAGCACUUCUCGUCGCUGGCAGGUAGCGUCGAAGCAGACAUCCUGCGGAUCCUCGACUACAUCACGCAGUCGGCCGCCGCCGUGCUGCAGGAUGCAGGCGACAGGAAGGAGGCGCUGGCCGAGCUGGAGGACGCGGUGGUGCCACACCUCGAGGGCGCGGGCGUCGAGGCGAAGGACAUCGCCUCCUUCGUGCAGGCCCUCUUGGACAAAGUCUUCGGGGAGGCCAAGGCUAAGGCCAAGGCGAAACCGAAGGCUGGGUCAGGCGUUGGAGCUGCCGCCAAGGCGGGGUCGCCCAGCGCCGGUGCGGGCGGCCCUGCGGCGCCCACGGAUAGCGCGGUGGUCUGCCGCAUCCCCAAGCUCAUCCUCAUGUACGGGGGCAGCCAGAAGCCGCUGCUGAACAACACGGCCUUCGAGCUGGUCCGCGGCCACCGCUACGGCAUCGUCGGCCGGAACGGCGCAGGCAAGACCACGCUGAUGUCUCGGGUCGCCAAGGGUGACCUCGAAGGGAUGGGCUCCCUGAAGUGCUACCACUUGGAGCAUGAGGGCAUCCUGGACAAGGUGGACAAGGCCACCCCGUGCUGCAAGUUCGUGGGGAUGAAGUGCCCGCAGUCGAGCGAGGAGGCGGUAGCGAAGGCGCUGCAGGUCACAGGCUUCGACGACGCGAUGUACAGGAAGAACGUGGGCGAGCUUAGCGGAGGCUGGAAGAUGCGCCUUGCGCUGGCGUGCGCCAUCCUGCAGGGAGCAGAUGUAUUCUUGCUCGACGAGCCGACCAACCACUUGGACAAGGUGGCGGUGAAGUGGCUACAGGAGUAUUUGGUCGCAGAAGGAACGCAGAGCACCGCCAUGAUUAUCUCCCACGACGCCGCGUUUCUCGACUAUGUCUGCACAGAUAUUGUCCAUUUCACCGAUGCCGGCAAGUUGGAUUACCACCCGGGUAAUUUCAAGGCUUUCAGGGAGAGGACAAAGCUCGACGCGGAGGGGGCCAAAAACGUCUUGAGCGUACGCGGCCGCGAGGGGGAUACAGGCGAGGAGGAAGACAAGACCUCGGGCGCGCAGCCCCAGCACCAGCCGGGAGCUAACAACGACCACCCGGAGGACGACGAGAUGAAGUUCCCGAUUCCGGGCAAGAUCGAGGGCCUGGGUUCCGCUGGAAAGCCUGUGGCCACGGUGACUGCGUUGAACUUCAGAUACUUUGACGAUUCGCCUCUGGUGCUCAAGGACGUCACCGUGCGUCUCACGAUGGCCAGCCGCGUGGGCGUGGUCGGAAGGAACGGCGCGGGGAAGUCGACGCUGCUGAACUUGCUGGCAGGAGAGCUGCUCCCGCCGGAGGACGAGGUGGGCGACGUGAGCUCGGUCUGGCGGCACAGGAACCUGCGCCUCGCCUACAUCGCGCAGCACCACUUCACCCACCUGGCGGAUCCCUGGCAGGCUAAUUACGCCGCGCACCCGCCAGCCCGCGACAGAGUGUUCCAUGGCGUCGGCCUGCACAGGACCUCGGGCAGGCUAUGUCGAUUGAAGAUGCUGGAGGCCCAGAUCUCGGAGCUCAAGCUGAUGGACAACACGCAGAAGAGCAAUGGGAACCAAUACGAGGAGUACACUGCGGUGGUCGGUGGCCUUCAGACGAUCGGCAGCACGGAGAACGCGAAGAAGUGGAUAGAGGCGAACAUGUGGGACCUCUACGGGCCGCAGCCGGCAGAGGUGUACUCUAAAGGGGAGUUUCGUGGUCUCAUCUUCGUUCGAUUCAGGAGCCGUGCUGACAGGGACACUGCCGUGAAACUCUUCCGCCAGGCCUCUCUCAAGGAGGGCGGGAACGAUAUUUGGGCAAAGAGGGACAUGGUUCUCCCCAAGCGUAUCCUCACGUCUUUCGCGUUUAGCGUCAAACACCUUCUCAAGCAGUGGGGCUUCACGGCCGAGAGCGUCUGGGCGGACCCGGAGGGCACGGUGUGGGUUGGUGCCGAUGUGGCGGUGAGCGGGAGGAUCGCGGGCAACAAGUUUGAGACCGACUUUGGCACGGGCUGGGAGGAAUGGUUCAAGCAGGACGGCUACACCAACUUCCAGGACUUGGUCGCGAACCUCAACGCCAAGCUCGGCAAGAUCCCGUCCAAAGGCCUCGGGAAAGGGAAGGGGAAAGGGAAGGCUGCCGCCAAGGGCAGCAAGUAG